AUGGAGAAAAGUUUCGCGAAAGAGAAGCAAAGCAACUCAGAGAUGAACGAUUUACCUGAUCCGUUACUCUGUCACAUACUCUCUUUCCUCUCGACAAAAGAUUCAGUCCGAACCAGCCUUUUGUCGAAACGUUGGAGGAGUCUCUGGUCACAGGUUCCUUCUUUCGACUUGGACUUGGACUCGCUCCAAUUCUACUAUGACGAUUUCAGCUUCACGGAUUUGGUCAAUAGAUUUCUUGAAUCCGACGAAAACCUAGCGUUGAAUAGAUUCAAGUUGAUAUGUCCUUAUGAGUAUGUUUUUGAUAACGAUCAAGAUGAUACUGUUUUGGAGUCGUGGAUAGAUGCUUUAGUUAAGCGCAGAGUUCGUCAUCUAGAUUUUCAGGUUAACUCAGAUGAUAACGAACUAGUUUGUAUGCCUCUUUCGCUCUAUUCCUGUAACACCUUGGUCAGCUUAAGUCUCUACCACGUCUUCUUGUGCGGCUUUAAACUAGCGUCCGCUGUCUCCCUGCCUUGUCUCAAGGUCAUGCGUUUAGACAGAGUAAGGUACGACCAGUCGUCGGAGAGUGGCGAAUCCAACCUUGAGACUCUCGUAGCUAGCUGCCCUGUUCUCGAGAAGCUAACCGUAAUCAGGGAUCGGAAGCGAAGCAUGACUUUUUCCACAUAUUUCUUGGAGACCAAAGAGUCUAGGGUUGUCGGAGAAUGA